AUGAUGAGAGAUAGUAAAAUCGGAUUACACACUGAAGUGCACCCCACAGCUGAAAAUUCCGACGAAAAGCCUCGAAAGUUCUCUUACAACGGAAAUUCAAAAGGAAAUCUAACUUCAUUCAGUUUAAUGACAAUAUUUUCUGACAAGUCCUCUAUUCCAGCCGUUUCCCAAAUAAGAAAAGCGAAAGCAACAGGUCAGAAAUGUUUUUGGAUUCUUCUUUUACUUGUUACUCUUUCUUCAUGCAUAUAUGAGGCGUAUAGGUUUUCUCGCGUGUAUUUUAACUAUCCAGUGUUAAUUGAUUUGAGUGUGGAAUCGAACAGAGAUAACCUAUUUCCUGCUGUGACUAUCUGUAAUUUGAAUAGGAUGAAAAAUAAAUAUGCCACAUGUAGGAACAAACCUUGGAAAAAGUGUAUCGAAGAUGAAUUUCCAUAUCCGAUAGGUGAUUAUAUAAGACCAAAUGAGCGUCCUAUGAGACCUAUGUUUCCGGAGACUUUUCUAUACGGUACAUGGUCCGAUUUUGCAUAUUUUGAUGAAGAUUAUCGAUUUAAAGCGCAGGAUUUCUUGACAGACUAUGCAGAAUUAGAUGCACACAGCAGAAAAUGUUACGGUCAUUUAUUCCACGAUUUUUUCACAGAAUGCACUUUUCAAUCAAAUCCGUGUAGUGAGAAGGAUUUUACUUAUUACCAAAGCCUCCAGUUUGGAAACUGUUACACUUUUAGAGGACAAUCAAGCCAAAACAAGAGUGGAAACGAAAUAGAACCAGCCAAAGAACUAGAAAUGGAAUUAAACAUCGAGGAACAACAAUAUUUAUCUGUAACUAAAGCUUCUGGUAUACGUCUAGUUGUGCAUAACCAAAAUGAACUUCCACAUCCAGAAGAAAAUGGAAUAAAUGUGAGUCCUGAGUUCGAAACCGAUGUAGCUGUAACUAGGGUUUCCCACAAGAGGUUACCCAAACCUUACAGAGAUGGCUGUAGAGAGUAUGAUACUGAAAAAGAUAAUGCAAUGGAAAAGAGUCAGUAUGAUUGUAUGCUGUCGUGCAUGCAUCUUCAUAGUUUAUCCAUGUGCUGUUGUGUUGAUCCUCUUUUGCCGCAUGAAGGUAAGCGGAUUUGUGACUUAAAGAGUGAAAUAGAUAUGAAGUGCUUACGUAGAAUGUUAGACUCGUUGAGUGAUAAGAACUCAAUUUGCGAAUGUCCACUGCCUUGCGUUAGUACAUUUUAUGAUUUACUAAUUUCUUCAUCUUUAUUGCCAUUGAAUGUAAGCUAUCGGAAAAGUCACCUUGGUCCACUAGAGCCAGAAUGCACUUAUGAAUACGAUGUGUGGAAUAUGAAGAUUAUUUUCGGUGACGGAUCUGAACACAACGUCUCUUAUUCAAAUUAUUCUCCAAAUUUAUAUUAUCGAAAAAGGAAAGAUGCCUCUGCUACAAAAUCUCGCAUAAAAUUGAAAAUACAUUAUGCAACGCUUGAUCACACCAUUUAUUCGCAGAAGGCUACUUUUUCGGAAUUUGAAUUUUUCGCACACGUUGGCGGCAAUCUCAAUUUAUGGUUAGGAUUGUCAAUUGCAACAAUUUUUGAAUUAGUUGGAAACGUUUGCGCAUCUGCUUUUUAUUAUAUCAGUAAAUAA